AUGAAGUCAUCAACGAGGAGAACUUUUGGGCGAGUGCUUUUUAUUUUUUUCUAUUUUUUAAGCGUUUCUGGAGAAUUUUAAGUGUGGGUAUUUAUUUUAGAUACCUCCUGCUUCUCCUUACAAUAUUAUCCUUCGCUUUUCUCUAUCUGGAUGCUCCCAGAAAUGUGUUUGGUCUUACAGUUGGCAGAAAUGUCUACGCCUUGGAGAAGGCAAUCUCCGACGUUUAUGUGGUGUUGUCCGGAGACAUGAACUUUCAUUAUUUAUUGGCUACUCCUUUUGCUGUCCAGCAUUGGUUGAAUUUUAAUGUGUCUUCGAUAGUAAUGUUGUGUGGAAAACAGACUGAUUAUGAAAAGGAUAAAGCGGCCAAUGAGGUUAUCAAAGAGCUGAAUCGGCUUGGAGUGAGUUGACAAUUCGAUAACAAACUCUUCAGGCAGUCAUCAUCUACCUGCAAAAUCAUACGUUGAACUCAAAUAAUUUCGCUCAAAACAUGCGGAAUUAUGCAGUGGCCACGAAAUUUGUGCAAGAGGAAUUAAACGAAAAGACUGUUUUGAUGACAUCUGACGUUGACUUCUUUCCCUUCCACAAAGAACAUCACAUUCCAGAAGUCUCAAAUGGAAAGGAAAUCUUCUUUUAUAACCCAGAUUGCUGCGGAUUUCAACAAUGGAAGGAGCUGAGUUAUAAACAGUACAUCAUGAUUACAAUUGCCAUGACUGUGAGGAGGUGGAGGGAGGUCAUGGGUACGAUUUUGAUUUUUUUUUGACUUACCCGCUUAUUUGGAGAUGAAGAAUUGUGAUCUACUUCAGACAUCUCCCCAACCGACAGAGCAACCGGCAAAUAUGUUGAGGAAAAGACGAACGCCACCUUUGACGGUGAGUUGCAGAACUUUUUGAACGACAAAGAGUGGAUGUGGUAUCUGGAUCAGCGACUCUUCGGACUCCGUUAUCAUCAUGCCUCUCACAAAUAUGAUUACAAGACUUUAGUAUCGACUUAUACUGGCCCCAGAAGACUUGACCGGUCGGUUUGGAAACGUUAUCCAAAAGACAAAUUCGAAAAAAUUAAAAUCAAUGAAUGGGAUGAUGCACACACAUCACCAGCAAUAUACACGGAUGAGUGGUGGAAACUGAACCUACCGUUCUACAAGAAAAUAUUUCCAAAAGAUCAACUGGAGAAACUGAUCGCAUAUCGAGAAAGGGCGGUCGAAAAUAUCAACCAAGAAGACGCAGCCAAACGACAUUUCCAUCCAUAA